UGUCAGUAGGAACGAGAGCCCCCAAACAGCCCCUUGAUGCACCCACCACGGACCACGAGGUCCACCAGGGCUCCAGGAAUCAGAGAGCCAAUGGAACGGCUAACUCCAUCCACAUUCAAACACCACUUUGAUCCCCAACGUUUUCCAAAAGCCACCUGCCUGCUGGUCCGAGUGGAAGCGCCCAACUUGCUUCGUUGUCCAAUAUUUGAAAACAAGGACACGUCGAUCCGUGCCAACACCCUAUGGUGCCCAGGAGAACUCUAUGGGACUUUCCAAAGCCGAUCCCCAGGGCUGCUUUCUGAGGGGUUUAUGCCUCUCGGCCAUGCAGAAGUGCGCUUUCUCACUUGGUGGUCCAAGCUGCCCCCCAGAGAAUAUUACCAGGUCACCUGGUACAUAUCCUGGAGCCCUUGCUCUGAAUGUGCGGUAAAGGUGGCCACGUUCCUGAAGUCACACAGCAACGUGUCUCUGAGCAUCUUUGCUGCCCGCCUCCACUACCACCAGGAACUAAAGAACCGCCUUGGACUUCACAGGCUGGUGCUGGCUGGGGCCAAGAUCAAAAUCAUGGACUUACAAGACUUUGAAAAUUGCUGGAGAAACUUUGUGAACCUCCCAACGUUCCAGCCUUGGAAGAAGCUGCAGGAGAACUGCCGUGAAUGGACCAUUCGGCUUCAGGGCAUUUUCAGAAAUGCAAUGGAUCGGCUGACAAGCGAGACAUUCCCCUUACAGUUCAACAACAUGCACCGGCUCAAAAAGCCCUACUACUCCAGGGACGCCUACUUAUGCUACCGGCUGGAUGGCCCUCAAAGCGCCCAACGCUGCUUUUGGUACAAGAUGAAAGAAGAAAAAGAAGGAAAUCCAAACUUGCCCACGGAGACCCUGGACCCUGCUUUUCGCCCUCCCCAGGCGGUUGAGAAGGUGGUGUGUCAUUUCAUCCACGAGAUCGAAUCCCUGGACCUGGACCCGGUCCGCAAGCACAGCAUCACCUGCUACUGCACGUGGAGCCCCUGCCCGCUCGCGGCCGAGCGCCUGGUGAGCUUCCUGAAGGCCCACCGGCACGUCAGCCUGGCCCUCUUCACCGCGCGCCUCUACUACCACUGGCGCGGGGGCCACCAGGAGGGGCUGCGGCUCCUGGCCAAGGCCGGCGUCCACGUGGCCGUCAUGACCGGCAAAGAGUUUGCCGACUGCUGGGAAACCUUCGUGGACCAUCAGGGAAAGCCUUGUGCCCCGGACGUUCUGCAUGCCCUGGAUUCCCGCAGUGAGAGCAUCGCAAGGCGGCUCCAGCGGAUCCUCGGAGACACCCCGAACCUUUUAGCUGAAGCCUUUGGGGAUUUGCAGCUGUGAUGCCCAGCCUCCUCCUCGUGGCUAAGGCAUGUGACCUUCCGCGGAGCAUCUCAGGACUUCCUACAUGGCUGAUUCUCAGGAGCAAGCUGCCCCGAUUUCCCUGCUGACCAGUGCUAAGCUGGAUACUUUUCUUUGUCCUUCCACUUGUUUCUGUGUUUCAGCUUUUGCUCAUAGUUUAACAAACAAAAACAAAACACUGACAUUGCUGCCAGCCACUCCCUGUCUCUACAACAGGGGAGGACUGGCCUGUGAGUUUCCAAGACUGGGGCUCAUCCCGGGAGUAGAAAACCCUGUCUUUCUCCUGCAGAGUGGCUGGUCUGUAGCAGAGAGAGAGAGAGAGAGGUAGAAUUUUAUUUGAGAGUUCCUGUCUAUUUAGAAUAGUUGGAUAAUUUUGCUAUCAAGUAUCAUGUCUGUGUCUAAAUAAAAAAGGUAGAUCUCCAUUGAGCAGGCAUGUUCCAUAAAAACUGAUUUUCAAAAGGACAGAGAACAAGAAACUUAUUUAGGGUUUUUAACUUCAACAACUAGCACCAACUAUGAAUCAUUAAACCUGGAGGGAGGGGGUAGACAGGUUUUAAAAUUUGCAUGCAUGGCUUACAAAAAAAUCUCUAGGAAAAGUAGAAGCCUAAAUUGGGCAAAAACACCAUCGAGCAAAUAGGAUUUAAUUACCCUGCCUGCCUCUCGUUUUCCGUGCCCAUGAGUGGCAUGGGCAGGUCAUGUCUGCAGCCCCGGCAGCUGUUUGCAGCCAUGAUAAUGAGCAUGAGACAAAGGGCCAGUGAGUCUGAGUCCGGUGACAUCAUUCCGUCGCUAAACCCAUAGCCACUGAGAAGAGCAUUUUAAAACUAAAGUCUUGAUACGAUUAAGACCGCUGACUAAGGUCUAAGUUUGUCUUUCUCUUUUUCUAUAUAAAAGUUAACUUUAUUAUGGCCUACCAUCAUACAAUAAAGUAGCUUCCAGAAAACCAAACUAUAAAUCAACUCAAUAAUAGACCAUAAUAGCAAAUAAUUUACGAACCCUUUGAGAGACCAGAAUUUAACACUUGCAGGUUGUACCACCACUCUCUAAAUCAAAUGCCCUUAAGAAUCUGUCCUCUUGAAAGUUUGAAGUAUGUUGGAAUGCUUUCUCCCACAUGAACUAUUCUAUUAAUAUAAGACUUUCUCAGUAAAAUUUCAUUUGGGGGGCAAGAUCA